UGUCGAUGAGUCGAUGACAUGCAGCUUUCCAAGUUUAGAAAUUUGUAAGAUUUUUAAUCAAAUUUUAAAGUUUUUUUUUUAAUAAACCAUUCUGUGAUACAACAAUGGAUCAAAUCAACCUGUGGAAGUUCUUCGAUACUGGUCAUUUGAAGGGGUUCACAUUGAUCAUUCCGAGCGUUGCAGUGGGAAAUGUUGGGCAGCUUGCCUGUGACUUGCUAAUUUCGUCUUUAAAUAUGAAGAAAAUUGCAUCAGUUUACAGCUCAGCUCUUAUCCCGGUGGCUGGUUAUGAUCCGUACGACUUGAAAUCCAGCAAACUUUCAAGCAGUUGUGAAGCAUACAAAUGUGGAGAAAGACAAUUGGUUAUUCUACAGCUGAGAGCACCUCUUGUAUUUGAAUACGCACAAAAUUUCCUAGAGGAUGUUGUAAAACAAUUCAAAGCAAAAAAAAUUAAGGAUAUUAUUGUGCUCACCAGCAGUUUUGCUCAUGAAAGGAAGCACAUAAUGACAUCUCCAUUUAGAUACUUAGCAAGUGAGACUUCACCAUAUGAAGAUUGCUUGAAAUCUUUGAAUUGGUUGGUGCAUGAGUCAUUGGAAGGCGGCAUUAAAAUAUACGGAGGGGGCUUUGCGACUCAAAUAUUUCAAAUUUGUAAAGAGCUUGAUGUGCCCUCUCUCAUAAUAUACAAAUACUGUUCUGAAGGAGACAAUAUUCCUGAUGCCUAUGAAAUGGUUAAUUAUUUAAAUAAUCUUCUGCAGUUUUAUAGUGAAGGAUCAGAUUUGAUGUCUGAGCUAAUACAGCCUGUGUCAUGGAAGCUUCUGUUUGGCCGACCACCACCAAGAGAUAUUUACUAAUGAAAUAUAUUUUGUUUUCCACUGCA